AUGGGAUGUGAGUCAACCCAAGGGAGUGUGUGGUUGGGUGUGGGUGGUUUCGUUGUUUUGCUCCUAUUUUGGAUCUACUUUGUUCGGGGAUUGCCUUUGUGUUUCGGUGGCUUGGGUGGUUUCCCCUAUGGCCACCACGACGGCGCGGCCUCAAGGAAGCCACCAAACGCUACGGUUGAAGCCGUGAAUUGGCCUCCCGGUGUUGUAGUCGCUGUUGCUCCUCCUCUCGAUCCCAUGACCGAAAGCACCACUGCGCUACCUCUCAGCCAUCUUGUUGCAAGCACUACACCCACAUCGGAUCCCACAGUCGAAACCAUGGCUUUGCUACAGGAACAGACAGCUGCAGCGCCUUUGCAGCCACAGAGUAUGGUCACUGCCAUGCCCUUGCAAACAUGCGAUUAUGCCACCGGGUCUAGCAGCUGCCACCAACUUGGCCUCGUGGCCGGAUUCGUACUUUCCACCACUACGUCGCCGCCCGUGACCAACUUGGCGCUGCCAUUGACUUCGGCUCAAUCUUGGAGCAAAUGCGUUUGUUCCCUCCUUUGCCUCCACGUUUGA